AAGUCAAAUCGUGAAGACGUGCGGAGCGCGUGUGCUUAAUAUUUGUUUUCUAACUAAACGUUAGAGUUAAGAUACAUUUUAAUUAAUGACUCUAAACCAAAACAUGAGAAAGUUUUUGCAAUACUAACAACGAAAUUAAUACACUCCAAUAAACGACUGAUACAUUAACCAGCGCGAACUGUAAAAACUUAAAAAAAUCAAAGCAGGCCAAGAAGAAGAGGAAGAAGCCAAAACAACGCGACAUCGACACCUGUUUGCCUGCAUUCCUGAACCUGUGCAACACUGUGCGUUUCGGUGUUUGUGUGCGUGUAUGUGCAUGUGUAUGCGUAAUAUUAGAGAAUAUUAACUUCCAAGCGAAUUCUAUUUUUUAAACAGUGUUUAAAUAAUUAUCAAUUUGUUUGGCCACUACUGCAAUUGCAACAUUUUGCAGCCGCCGCGCCUGCGCAGAAGAAACAACAGCAGAAACAUAAACACAAACAUAAACGAAAACCGGUUAGAGUGAGACAAGAAGACCGCACGCACACAGUUGCAAACUGCUCACACACACACGGAUAGUUUGUAUUCGUUUUUUGUUUGCUUUUGCUUGGAAAAUAGAAAUAGAAGGAAACACACAAAAAUCCCAACAGAAAAAGAAAAAAGAAAAAGAAGAAAUAAUCAAUUGCAAGUGGUGAAAAGUGUGACGAUACACAAAGAAAACAAAAAGCCAAUUCACACGAAAUAAGAAAUUAGAAAUAAUAAUUGUGCUGUGCGCGGAAAUUGGGUAGCAGCAAAAAAUAAAAAAUAAAAUAAUAAUACCAAAUUUGUUCAAAAUAUGUAUGCAUAAGGGUUAAUGCCCAAACGCCUUAUCGUUGAACAAAUCAAUGGCCGCGCGUAUAACGAAAGUGAAUUAAGGUCCCAAAAUAAUUGUAACGGCGAUUUCCCAACCAGUUUCGAGAGGUUCGCCCUUAUCUGGAACGCGAAGCCACUUGUUGUCCGAAUUGACACGCAACAAUAGCUGUAACAACAAUUUACCUGCUCUGUAACAUGUCACAAUCUAACGGAUAUUGAGCAGCAGCUGCAGCAGCAGCUUUAACCACAAUAACAACAACAACAACUACUACGAAGCACACAUCAUGGCAACCAAUAGCAACAACAACAGCAAAGCGAUGACACCCACCGUCGAGUCGCUGGAGAGUCGCGAUGAAGUCGACUUCAUAGUCGCCACACACAACAACAACAAUAACAACAACAACGAAUAUGAGGAUUUACGCAGCGCCAGUGGCGUAGCGAUCAGCGCCAAAGGAACAAACACAAACACAACAGCAACAGUCACACCAAACAAUGAACCAAAUGUCACCAACAACAACAGCAACAGCAGCAACAACAAUUGCAACAGCAACACCUUGAAAAAGUCCAAGGAACGUCGCACACUCUUCAGCUUUGGCAGCAGCAAAAAGCAGAGUUUGGCCAACAAGUCAUCGAGCAGCAGUCCAGUUCCCGCCCAAGGCACUGACGCCACGCCCCCGAAGCCAACGGGCAGUGGCAGCCUGUUGCUGCCGCCCACGCCGGCAGUGCCCAUCGGCACACCGCCGCGCCAGCACAAGUUCGUCAAGAGCAGCAGCAUUGCCCGGCUGCUGGGCAACACGUACAACGCGCGCAAGUUCGAGCGCGAGGAGCAGAAGCGUCUGGCGAAUGAGGCGAGCGGCAAGUUCCAUACGUUCAGCGGCCGGCGUCGGAGCGGACCGGAGCGUCCGUAUCUGGAGCGCUUCAAGCGCAUGUCCAAGGAGGAUGGCGACAUUGCCGGCGACGAUGAGACGGUGCAGGUGACCAAUGUGGUUACACUCACCACAGAUUCGCGCGACUUGCAGUACGGCAGUCGGCAGGAGCAUGUCGGACGCGCCGAGGAUCAGCUGAGCGCGAAGGCCAUGCGCACACUGACCCGUGGACUCGGCAAGCUCUGGUGGAAGCGCACACACAGCGUGGACAUCAGCACACCGGAUCCUGAGUACAAGGUGUCCUAUCUGGGCAACGUGCUCACCGGCUGGGCCAAGGCAGGCGAGGGCUGCGUGGAGAAGCAACUGAACACACUGUGGCGCAACUACACCCAGCACACCAAGCCGGAUGUGAUAAUGCGGAUGAAGGUGUGCGCCUCCGGGCUGAAGGCCACCACACGGCAGCACGGCCUCACCGAGUACUGGUCGAAUCGCAUCACCUACUGCUGUGCGCCCAAGAACUAUCCGCGCGUCUUCUGCUGGAUCUACAGGCACGAGGGCAGGAAGCUGAAGCACGAGCUGCGCUGCCAUGCAGUGCUCUGCAGCAAGGAGAAGAUUGCCCAGGACAUAUGCGACACACUGCGGGAAAAUCUGGAGAGCGCAUUGCGUGAAUUUAAGCGCGAGAAAAUUCUGAAACAAAAUGCGCGUCUCAGCCUGGCGAAUGCCGUGUACGACAAUCCCAGCUUGCCCAAGCGGAAGAUCAUGCUGAGCGUGGGUGGCAACAACUACAGGCCGCCCCUGGAACGCUCCAAGUCGGCGCCCAAGCUGAUGGCCAUCGAGGAGGCCAUCGGCGAGGAGGAGGGCGACGAGAUCGAGGACACCAAUGAGCCCGAAAUGAUGCCCUGCUGUCAGCGCGACUCACUGUACCCGGCCAUGACGCUGGGCAGGCGGCGCUGCCGUCGCGGUCAUUCCAUACGGCGCACAGGCAAAAUCCAGGCGGCGGCCAGCUGCUGCUCUCAUCAAAUAGAGCCGAUGCUGGAGAGCCGGGAGCCGGCAAGCAGCACGAACACCAGCAGUCUCACGGCUCCGGCUGCCGCCGCUGGCAAUGAUGGCUCCGACUCGGACGAGUUCGAGAAGCUGCUCAAGUUCGACACGACGUUAAGCAACGAGCUGCUGCCGUACUUUGACAUGCAGCUGCACAAGAACAGCAGCCAGAGCAUGGGCAGCCUGAGCGAGCUGCAGGUGGAGCCCGUGGAGCUUGAUGAGGAGGAGGAGGAGGAAGAGGAGGCGGAACCGCACAGCUUGCUGCCCACCAUCAACAGCGAUCCCAGUGCCGAUCCGCAGGCGGACUUCGACCACGACGAUGUGGUUCAUCUGCGCCGCAGCGGCGUCUGCAGCGACGGCGAGGAGGACUUCCUGGACGAUGCGGACGAUCAUUACUUUCGGCAGGCGGCCAUGCUCACAAUGCUGCACCGCAGCUCGAUGCGCAAACGGAACAGUGACCAGACCAGCCUUCAGUAUCGCCACCAGCCGCAGUCCUCCAUCUCGUCCAAUGCCUCCAGCUCAACGACAGCCAGUGGCAUAGCGCCAAUGGGGGCAGCUGGCGGCCAGCAGUGCUUGGCGAGUCCGGACAGCGACGAGGGCUCCAUUUCCAGCGGCUGCGAGACGGCCAGCACAGUUACCAAUGCCAACCAGGAGGAGUACAACAAGCCUCAGGGCAGCAACGUGCAGCAGCAGGUGCUUGAGCAGAUGCUGCUCUACCAAAGACUGGAGGAGUCGAAGCGCCGUCAGCAGCUGCGCCACAAUAGCGACGCCACCAACUACAGCAGCUCCAGCAGCAUCACCCUGAAGCCCGCAGAGUCAGUCAGCUGCCUGGAAGAGUCGGACCCGAAACAGCCAGCGGAUGCCGGCAGCGUUUCGGAUGACGACUCCGAGUGCAGCGACGAGAGCGGCUACGUUGAGUUCCAGGAGAAGGAGCGCGUUCAGGCAAUUGCUGGCGCCGUCGCCAUGGCGGCGUCUGUCAAGCCCCAGCUGCCGCCCAAACCGGCGCCGCGGCGCUCGCUCAGCAUCGGCCAGGCCACGGGAACGGGGACACCGGUCUGAGUGAUCGACGUGCCUCUAAACAGGGUUCUCCACAUUGUUAUUUCUGCGCACGCGUCAGCACAAGGGCUAGAGAGAAGUGCAAGAAAUUGAAGUAUCUAUUGUAGUCGUAGUCCUAGGUUAACUGUUAAGCUGUUUACCGCAUAAGUCAUUUGUUGUUGGUCCAUCAUACAAAGAAAUAACCUAACGAUAUUAUUGUGUAAAUGUUGCUUUUUUGCACAAAUCAUUAUAUUGAUUAUUGAUUAUUUAAUUUCUUGUCUCUUUUCUUUUUUUUUUUUUUUUGUUGUUGUUUGGUCCCCCAACUUCACAUUUACUUGUUUGUUUUCAUCGGGCUUCCUGGCACGUUGGCGAACAUAUUCUAUUUGCUCUGUAAAUAAGUAGACGCUCUACGCACUGCAUGUAAUAUAUAUACUGAUGUAAUCCAUGAAUUGUAUCUUACCUAUCUAUAUAAAUUAUUCUUAUGAAAUAUAUGCAACUAAAGUAACGAA